CUUCAUUCGCGUGAAAAACAAAGUCUUUUGUCAUAAUAUUCGAUUAAUAAAAAAAAAACACUAUUUUGAGUCAUAGUCAUUGAAACAAAGUGUGUAGUGUCAAAUUAAAACCGAAAACAAAUUGGUCGAUUUGGUUGUGACAAUAUUGAAUUUUAAAAGCAAUCACAAUGCAAGACAACCAUCCCGAAUUGUAUGAAGAGGUGAAAUUGUAUCGAAAUGCACGGGAACGUGAAAAGUAUGAUAACGCAGCUGAAUUGUACGCAUUGAUAAAUACACUGCAAAACCUGGAAAAAGCCUACAUUUGGGAUUGUAUCACUCCACAAGAGUACACCGCAUCAUGUUCAAAGCUAUUGGUGCAAUAUAAAGUGGCCUUCAAACAAGUACAGAGCGACGAAUACCCAACAGUGGACGCCUUUGUGAAGAAAUUUCGGCUGGACUGUACGGCCGCAUUGGAGCGCAUCAAAGAAGAUCGCCCGAUUACGAUCAAAGACGACAAAGGAAAUACCAGCAAAUGCAUUGCCGAUAUUGUGUCGCUGUUCAUUACACUAAUGGAUAAAUUACGUUUGGAAAUCAAAGCCAUGGACGAAUUGCAUCCGGAAUUGCGUGACUUAGUCGACACAAUGAAUCGCUUAUCAUUGAUUCCGUCUGGAUUUGAAGGCAAGGAAAAGGUUACCAACUGGCUUAACACACUGAACGCGAUGCAAGCGUCUGAUGAACUCAGCGAAUCACAAGUUCGGCAAAUGUUGUUCGACCUCGAAACUGC